GCCGCCGGCUCAGCCCUGAGCUUGUCAGAUGCCAAAUGAUCAGCCAGUGACUGUGCUCCUGGUGGGGGGUGGGGACGAGGGACGAGAGGGAGAAGGUUUAUAUUCUGAUAUGUCAACUGGAAUUGAAAGUUCAAAAAUGGAUUCACUUGCUAAAGGCGAUAAUGCUGAAGGAACAAAGGAGAAAACCAAGGCUGGUAAAUCUACAAAGGAAGUAGAAGAAAAGGAUGUAAAAUCGGAAGAGAGUGAAGAGGAAGAGGAGGAGGAGGAGGAGGAGAGGGUUGGAUUGCUGGAAAGAAGUCCCAUUGUGGAAGGGAAAAGGGAAAAGAAAAAGGUGGAAAGACUUACAUUACAAGUGACGCCUUCUGCAAAAGAAACGUUUAGUAUUCCUGAAGGUAGAGGCAUUAAGCUGGGAGAUAUUGAGAGAGUGCAGUAUUUUAUGGGAAAGACAAAGGCCGAGGAUCUCAGAUCUCUUCACAAAGUCCUAUACAAUAGACCUGGCUCGAUCGCCACUCUGAAAAAAAACAUCCGUCUGUUCACUGGGUUCCCAUUUGAAAAUAAAGAUGAUCAAUACAAGAAAAAAGAGGAAUUACUGAAAAAAUAUCCAAUUUCAGUAUUGAAAGUAAUUUGUACUGUCCUGGACCUGGAGCGAAAAGGGACUAAAGAUGAAAUUGUUUCAAAAAUUCUCAACUUUCUGAUGAAGCCCAAGGCAUCUGGCAAGUCAUUACCAAAGCCUAAAAGAAAGCGUCAAAAGGGUGGAAAAAAAGAGCGUAGCAGUUCAGGAUCCAAGAAGAAGUCCAAGGCCACGACUGUGGAAGAAAUUCUCACAGACGAGUCUAGCAGUGAAGAAGAUGAAAAGAAAGAAAAGAAGUCUUCAGAUGAAGAGAAAGAUGAAAGUGAUGAAGUGGAGCCACCGAAAAAAGUAGUUCGAAAGGAGAAAUCUACACCAAAAGCUACACCAAAAGGCAAGAAGGGUCAAAGUACCAAGUCAGCAAACGUGAAAAAGGCUGAUAGUAGCACCCCAAAGAAAACUGCAGCCCUGGCAAAGAAAGACUUGAGAGGUGGUGAUAAAAAAGUUACUCCGAUUGAGAGCAUAGCCACGAAAAGCGAAUCUGAAGACAGUUCAGAUAAUGAACCUCUGAUUAAGAAAGUGAAAAAACCACCUACAGAUGAUGACUUGAGAGAAACUGUCAUGAAGUUAUUGGAGGAUGCAAAUUUGGAGGAGGUCACAAUGAAACAAAUCUGCAAGAAGGUGUUUGCAAACUAUCCAGAUUAUGACCUCUCAGGCAAAAAAGACUUUGUCAAGAAUGCUGUGAAAGAGUUGAUUUCAUGAUGAAACUAUAUUGGUUUAUAUAAACCAA